GCCUCCCCGAUCACCGUGCGCCGAUUGCGCGCCGACGACGACCGCAAGGGCUUCCGCGCACUUCUGAGUCAACUCACCACGGUCGGCGAGGGCGAUUUUAAGCGUCGCUUCCGCGCGAUCGCGGAUGGCCCGGAGUACGUGUACGUGAUCGAGAGCGCGUGCGGGACGCGCGUGGUGGCGAGCGGGACGCUGCUGCUCGAACGAAAGUUUACGCGGAAUUGCGGGACGUGUGGACACAUUGAAGACGUAGUGGUGGAUUCGAACGAACGAGGCAAGGAUCUGGGUAGGGUAAUCAUUGAAGCGUUGACGAAGGCGGCGGAGUUUGCCGGUUGUUACAAGGUGAUUCUGGACUGCUCGGAGGCAAACGCCGGAUUUUAUGAGCGAUGCGGAUACGUGAGGAAGGAGAUUCAGAUGGCGAAAUACUUU